UGUAAAUAUGCUUUCGCCGCCCGACGCCACCGAGGUCGCACGCGUGAGGCCUGUCCGCUGCUGCCGACAUGCGUUACGUCGCCUCCUACUUGCUGGCCGCCCUCGGGGGCAACUCCUCUCCUAGCGCCAAAGACAUCAAGAAGAUCCUAUACAGCGUGGGCAUCGAGGCGGAUGAUGACCGGCUCAACAAGGUCAUCAGUGAGCUGAAUGGAAAAAACAUUGAGGAUGUGAUUGCUCAGGGAGUUGGCAAGCUUGCCAGUGUGCCUGCUGGUGGGGCUGUGGCUGUUUCUGCUGCCCCUGGCUCUGCAGCUCCUGCUGCUGGUUCUGCCCCUGCAGCAGCAGAGGAGAAGAAAGACGAGAAGAAGGAGGAGUCUGAGGAGUCAGAUGAUGACAUGGGAUUUGGCUUGUUUGAUUAAAUUCCUGCUCCCCUGCAAAUAAAACCUUUCUACAUA